AUGUCAAUGAAAAGUCUGUACAACAAUCAUGAACGAUACAUGGAAUCGUUUCACGAGUUUCUUCGCUUGUCAGACGAGCAUAAUGUCAUGGUUAAUUGGAUAGAAGGUUCGCGUGGAAUACCCGACGUGUUACGUCGUUUGCCGAAAGCUGGCGAAGCUAUCAAAGUACUCGGAGUGGGCAGUGGUUCAGGUGAAAUGGACGAACGAAUAUUAACACAACUUUUGAAGAACUAUAGCGAAAUAUGCUGCCGGGUGGUGGAACCAAGUUUCAAACAACUGUCUCAAUACAAAACACUGAUAAAAAGCAACCAUCAACUGAGUGAAGUGAAGUUUGAAUGGAGGCAGCAGACAUCGUCUGAGUAUAUGUCGACAGUGGGUACUGAGGCCAUCAAGUUUGAUUUGGUUCACUUAAUUCAAAUGCUCUAUUACGUGCCGGAUAUAGAGUCCACCAUCAUGGAUUUUUACCGCCACCAUCUAGCAGCCAAUGGUGUUAUGAUAAUUAUACACGUGUCAGGCCUUGGUGCAUGGGGACAGCUGUGGCAGAAAUUCGGAAGACAGUUGCCUCAAAACGACCACUGUAACUAUGCCACUGGAAAGACGAUCAAAGACAUUCUUGACAAGAAUAAACUAAAUUACGAAAAAAUUGAACUGCCAUCGUACUUCCAAAUCGACGAUUGUUUCCGAGAAACGUCGAAUGUCGGUUCAUUACUAGUGGAUUUUAUCACUGAAGUUGAGUAUUUCAUGGAAACUGCGCCACGUGAUCUCAAGGUGAACAUCAUGCAAGAAUUACGAAGUGACAAGUGUUCGUAUAAAAAUAAUAAGAAGAUAUAUUUUAAAAACGAUCUUGUUGCGUUCGUGAUUCAAAAACCAACUUGCUAA